UAGUAUUUUAUGUCAAGAUCUUUAUCAUAGUUUUUAAAUUACUGAAAUUUUAACAGCGAACAACUUUUCAAAAUGGCAAAGCAUAAUAAAAUUUCAAAAGGGACAUCUAAAGAUGGGCACAAGAUAGAAAAAAGCAAAAAAGGAAGUAUCGUUAAAGCAAAACGUAAACACCCAAAAGUGAAUAGUAAGAAAAAAAUACAACUGAAGAAAAAAAAAGUUAUUGGCAAUAAAGAAAACAAUAAGCAAGGUGAAAAUGAACAAAAGAAACAUGAUAAAGUCAAAGUUGGCAGAAAACGGACGCAUGAGCCUGAUCAAAAGAAGAGUGAUAAGCGUGGAAAGAAGCAAUCUGAAAUAGUGACAAAGCUGAUGGUUAUUUACGAAACAAUUCGAAGGAAGAACGUGUCAAAAGACGAACGUAGCAAGUUGAUCGAUCAAGUUUUAGAAAUUGCUUCAGACCAAGAAAAUCAGGUCAUUUACAAACAUGACACAGUGCGUGUGCUGGAAAUGUGUAUGAAAUUUGGAAAUGAGAAACAGAAAAAUCUUCUGUUUGACUUAUUCAAAGAGAAUCUUGUUGAAUUAGUCACCUCGACAUAUGCAAAGUUUCUUGUGGAGAAGUUCAUAGAAUACGGUUCGAAGGACCAGAAGCGAAAAAUUAUUGAAUCAUUUUAUGGAAAAGUGAAAAAAUUGAUAAAACACAAGGGUGCGGGUUCUAUCGUAGAUGAAAUAUAUGACAAAUAUGCAAACGCUUCACAAAGAGCUGCGUUAGUGGAAGAGUUUUAUGGUCCAGAAUUUACAGUUUUUAAGGUUGCUUCUGGUCGAUCACUUGACGAUAUCUUAAGUAAUGAACCUGAGAAGAAGAAAACUGUUAUGUCGUUCAUGAAGGAUUCAUUUGUAACACUUUGUCAGAAAGACAUCAUUGUACAUAGUAUUGUGCACCGCGCACUGUUUGACUUUUUCAAAUAUGCAAGUUUACCUCAGGCUAUUGAAGUCGUUGAUGUUUUGAAAGAGGGUGUCAUUCACAUACUUCAUACCAAAGAUGGUGCCAAAGUUGCAAUGCAAUGUUUAUGGCAUAGCACGACUAAGGAUCGAAAGCUGAUUUUAAAAUCUUUCAAAACACACGUGGCGAAAAUAUGCAAGGAAGAGUAUGGUCACUUGGUCAUGUUAGCUUUAUUUGAUGUUGUGGAUGAUACUGUACUAGUCAAGAAAGCUUUAUUUCCUGAAAUGAUAUCGGAUUUAGAAAGUUUAGUACUUGAUCCAUAUGGUCGAAAAGUGUUGCUGUAUUUACUUAAACCACGUGAUAAAUCCUACUUUUCACCAGACAUUGUCAAAUUAUUGGAACAGGGCGAUAGCAACACACACAGCAAAAAGGAGAUGAGUGUUCGACAAAGUGAACUACGGAGUGGUAUAAUAUCCGACCUUUUGGUUGCCAUGGUGAAUAAUAUAAAAGAUAUUUUACCGAACAAGCGAGCAGCAGUUGUUUUACUUGCUGCUUUAGAAGUUUCUAUUGAUUUACCUGAGUCUCGUCAAGUGUUAGAAGCCAUUGUUGAAUUGUUAAAAACUCCUUUUGAAGCCGAUGAACAGAAAGGACAUCCCGUGGCAGACGCUUGCGGACACUGGGUGGUCAAGAAUUUAAUCAAACAAGACAAACUACGGAUGGACGAAGGUGUGGAAGUGUUAUUCUCGCUGUUGCUGUGUGAUGCCAUACCGCGUGGGUAUUUCACAGAAUGGGCUGCUUCUGGUCGAGGAGCAUUCGUCAUUGUUAGUUUGUUGGAGACUGGUAUCGAGUCUGUGGUCAAAAGAGUUAAAAAAGAGUUAAAAACAUGGACACGUCCAAACUCUGAAGAACACGCAAAAGGGUUAGAAGUACUGGAGGAAGCUUUAGCUGAUAUCUAAUUGGUUGAAAUCACUCGAGAAACCUUUAGCACUCAUAGCUGAUUGGUUGAAACUGCUGUGGAUAUUUUAGCUAAAUGCUGAUUGGCCGACAGUACUUAAAAACAUUUUAGCUGAUAGCUGAUUGGUUAAAAGCACUUGCGAUGUUUUAGCUUACAGCUGAUUGGUUGGAAAUGCUGGUGAAACUGAUAACUUGUUAUGUUUUAUGUUUUUCCAAUUGGAAAACUUUUUAGAAAUACCUUUUAAUGAAUAAACUUGAACAAAAA